GAAUAAUCAAAUAUCACCUUUGAUGACAGUGUGAAUAAUUAUUGUUUAAUUUGGUGGCUGUGUACUUCGAUUCAACACUGUGCAGCUCUGUCUUUUACUAAACGACCGUGGAUUGUACAUGUUUAAUUUAAUAAAUGUCACAGUGGACUUGAGGGGCAUUCCUGGGAUAAGUCCAUAAUAAUGAGUCAAAGGCAGAGAAAGGGUAGGCCUUCACACAUUUUUACUCCUCCAGCACAGAGAGCGUGAUGUCAGCGGUGGCACUGCUGAUGGCGUCAUUUUAUGCCCCGGUGUAGCCUCUUUCGAUAGACAAGGGGAGACGGAUCUGUGGCCGACGCGACCGUGGCUCCCUUGGCCGGGAUCGAGCACCGCCGAGCCGGACACCUCACCCCGGGAAACAUGGAGGCUGUGGCCGAGGAGCUGCGGGCCGGCUCUCGGGUACCUGUCACUAUUGAUCAAAUAGUUAACGACACACUGGUGGUGACGCUGACCUACCGAGAAAGGAACUACACGGGGAUUUUACUUGAUUGCAACAAAAAGACUGGGCUGUUCUGUCUACCAGAUGUCAUGACAAAACCCGGAGAGUGUCCAUUAUAUAAAUCUACUUGUGAAAUCUCAAAUGUUCUGAGUGAGGAUCCAGUUUCCAAAUCUCCCAGCCAUGCAACGCACAGACCAAAGGAUGAAAACACUCUUCCUGGAAGCAGCAUACCUAAUGCACCUCUUCCCUGCCCUGUGCCCACACCAGUGCCAGCUGGACAUACUCCUUACCCUCCUUAUUUUGAAGGAGCCCCCUUUCCUCAGCCAUUGUGGCUGCGUCACAGUUACAGCCAGUGGGUGCCUCAGCCCCCUCCGCGACCAAUCAAGCGAAAGAAGAGGCGAUCGCGAGAGCCUGGCCGCAUGACAAUGAGUACAAUCAGGCUGCGGCCACGACAGGUACUCUGUGAGAAAUGCAAGAAUACACUGAACAGGGAUGAGAGCAGCAAAGAUGGCAUGAGCAACAUCAAAGCCUCCAGAAAAGAGAAUGCACUACAAAGUGAUGAGGAUGAUGACAAGGAUAUUCCCUGUAAGAUGGUGAGAAAAGAUAGUAUACUUGCAUCCAAGGACACGAAGAGGCGAGAAAAUGGCGCCAGCCUUGACAGCAAGCGCCUCAGGAAAGAUAAAAAGGGGGAAGCUGAGGGUGAAAAGUUCCCUGGAGGUGGCGUGAUUCCUCAUAGUCCUGUCAUAAAGAUUUCCUAUAGCACUCCACAGGGCAAGGGAGAGGUGAUGAAGAUCCCUUCGAGAGUCCAUGGUUCUGUCAAGCCAUUCUGCCCCAAACAACUGGUGCAGAAUGGUUUAGGAGUAAAUGGCAAGACAACGUCUGACCCCAACAAGGAACAGCGGCACAUUUUAGAUGCCACAAGGUCCGGCCUUACAGUGUCCAUUCCCAAACUCAAACUGACCAGGCCUUUCACAACUGUGGGUCAGGACUUGCCAUCUCCAAAAAUUCGCUUGAAACCUUCUCAAAGGGAAAGUGGGGAGAAUGUUGUUGAGUAUGAAGCAGAACUUGUAGGAGGUACAAGGAGACGAAGCCCAAGGACACCUGUCCCCUGUCUCCCACACUCUGAAGACUCAGGUGAAGGCAAGAACUCUCAUGAGAUGUGGUCAGGGAGCUCAGGAGAGGAGGCUGAGCGAGGACACGGUGACCUCACCUUGCUCAUCAACUUUCGCAAGCGUAAAGCAGAUUCCUCUAGCUUGUCGGUUUGCAGCAGCGACAGCCUUGAUGAGUCAAAGUCUUUCAGCUCAGAUGGCACCUCGCCAGAGAUGUGUGAUCUGGCACCUGGUGAAGACCUUUCAGUGACCUCAUCUUCUGUACCGUCACGGGACGACUGCAAGACAGUGCCACCACUCACAGUGCGGCUGCACACACGCAGCAUGACAAAGUGUGUAACAGAAGAGGGUCAUGCUGUAGCAGUUGGUGACAUUGUGUGGGGAAAGAUCCAUGGGUUCCCGUGGUGGCCUGCACGUGUCCUCAGCAUUAGUGGAAGCCGGAAGCAAGAGACUACUAGUGGUGAGGUCCAUUGGCCCCAAGCAAAGGUGGCAUGGUUUGGAUCUCCCACCACUUCUCAACUUUCCGUUGCCAAACUGUCACCCUUCAGCGAGUUCUUCAGGUGCCGUUUCAACCGCAAGAAGAAAGGGAUGUACCGGCGAGCCAUCUUGGAAGCAGCCAAGGCCGUAGGUCACAUGGGUCCAGAGAUUACAUCAUUGCUUUCCCACUGCGAUACAGGCUGAGGACUGGAGAGAGGUCUCCGAGGUUUUCCUGAAUUCAACACCCAGAAGGGAGUACGUGCUGUUGCCACGGCUACUAUUUAUAUGCCCCCCCCCCCCCCCCCCCCCCCCCCCCCCAAUUUUUUUUCACAGAGAUAGUUGGAAAUUGACCACCAAGGUGGAGUGUUAAGACUCAAUAAGGGAGCAAAAAAAAAAAAAAACCCUGAAUCGGGCAUCUCAUAGACUGCUGUGAACUAAACUAUUCCUCAGUUUUUAUUUUCUAGAUCAUCAGUUAAUCAUGUCUCAAUAGAUCUCAAUAACGACACUAAACAACCUGAAUGUAUUUAUUAUCUGUGAUGGUUUAUUAGGACUCCAGCAUUUUACUACAGUCUUGCGAACCCUUCUAGUCUGCUGCUGUCAUUAUUGCGGUCCUGAUCCUGUUCACCACGAGUUCUUCCUCGUCCAGCCACAGGAGAUCGAUGGUAUCUGAAUGUUCCUCAGUGCCAUCUUCAAAAAGGAGGACGAGAACAGAAGAUGUCUUAGUGUGAUCCCUCUUACUUCUGAAAAUGUGAACAGCUCCACCCAGAGACAGCUGUGACUGUUCAGCUCUUCCAGCGAGCAGUGUUCCAUCCUUGUAGCCUUCAGCGACCUUUAUUUGGAUUUGUGGACGUAUUUAUACUUAACUGGAUCAUCUCCAAAAAUGUUUCUUCCUUUUCAUUUUUAACUCUGUCAGAAAAUUGUCAGGUUGCCGUAAGUACCCCCAAUUUAUUUUACUUGUUAACAUUAUUACAUCACUUUAAUUAUUUAAAGAGUCUCGUUAAGGAAAAAAAAAAGCACUUUAUCUGUACCUUGGUGGCCUGCUGUAAGCUCACUGUCUGAAACACUAUGGCGAGAUACAGCGCAGAUAGGCAACGGGGGAGUUUAGUAGUCUUUGUGGUUGACUAUCCAUGGCCUUGGAGAUAAUUUUUUUUUUUCUAUUGUACAAUUUGGGAACACCGGACACAUGUUGUGGAUAAUUGUGUACACUGUAUCUCACAUUUGUGUUGGGUGUGUUUCUCUCUGAACUUAACCAGCUUUGGCAAGCCAUAUUAACAUUUAUUAGGUAGACGACCGUCACAUAGCCACCAUAGAUAACUAAAUUUAAUUUAUGAAGGAAAAUUCUAAUUUAACUUGUCCCAUAUUUACUGUUUGACUACAAUCACCCAUUUUGGGGGGGAGAGUUUAACAGCAGAGAUUAAUUCUAAUGCCCAUGACUGAAUUCCAACGUAUCACCAUUUACAUUGAGUAGUUGCUCAAAAUCGAAGUUGUGAUUGGUUAAACUGAAUAUGAGAUACGUUUAAUUUUUAGGUUUUACUAGUCACAUUUUUUAAGAUGUCAAUUUAUCUGCACAAGGAGUCUUGACAGCCUAAUUUAGUUUGGAUGUACUUUCAUCUAUUAUACUGACUUGUCAGGAUGUUGGUUGCUGUCUUGACUGUCCUGGCUCGGUAUACAUUGAACUAUAAAACUGUGUGCAUACGUAAUCACGUUGUGCUGUUUCAUGCAAAUUGGUUGUUGGCUAGAGAUGAUGAUUUUGAACCAAUUUUGACACAGCUGCUGUUAGAAAUAUUUGGAACGGUUGUGAACAUUAGUGCACAGCCUACUGUCUGAACCCUGAACCUUGUACAGCAGCUAAAAUAAACGAGUUGAAAUGCAAGUCAACCUGCAUGAUUACUGUUUGGAAGUGCUGUUGGAAACCCCAUGUUCAAGACUAUUUUCAUAAUCCUACAAACAUUUUUUGGGGGGUGGGGGGUGGUUCUGUACUCAUUGAUGUCAGUGAGUAUGUGAUGAAUUUCAAUUAAACUUCACAGAGUGGUCGUACACCAUGUGAAGAUGUGGAUGUAGGAAAAUAAUUCUGGUCGGAUUCUCACGAGGAAAAUAAUUAAAUUUUUGUGCUUAAUUGAGGCACCAUAUGAUAAUGGACCUUGUAAACGCAACCCAUCCUAAACCAUUUGGUGAAUUUCAGUGAAAUGUCUCAUACUUGUACAAUACCAUGUGAAGUAGCGCUGCAGUGAUUAAUAGAUUAUUAAUAGACUUUUCAAUUCAUCCACAGCUCUUUUGAUAAUUGAUGAUAUAAUUGAUAAACAUUUAGUUUUUUUUUAAGUCUAAAUUCUUUGAUUUGAGCUUCUUAAAUAUGAAUAUUUUCUGGUUUAUUCUAGUAUCUGCUUUACUCCUGUCUGGCAGUGAAUUGAAUUUAUUUGGGUUGUGGAAAAAUAAAACAAGACAUUUAAAGGAAUCAUCUUGGGCUCUGCAUAAUAUCAACCAACAUUUGUUUGCAUUUUUUUUUUAAACAAGUAAAAUAAUCAAUCUGUUAGAGAGAAUUAAUUGCAGUCCUAAUGUGAAGGUGGGCAUUAAGAAAAAUAAGUCCAAUCAAGCAUGUUCAAGGGGACGUCAAUGGAUUUCUUUUUUUUUUUUUUAGAUAAAAAAACGUCAGUUCCACUUGUGGAGGCUGAUCAGUUGUUAAUUCAGGUGCUUCUUCACAAAAGAUUUACUGCCACCAAUAUCUCAUGCAGACAAGCAACUAGUGUGGUGGCGAGAGAAGGGCGGGGCAGCAAGGAGGUUGUUAUCAUUUUGUGAGCUUAAUCUCUAGUUGGAAAAGAUCAAUGUUUGGUGUUGAAGCCACUCUCUGCCACUGUCCUGUUGUUUCACAUGAGAGCUGAUAAAUGAGCUUUUUAUUUGGUCACUCUUACAACUAAAUGAUUUUGAGCACAUAGAAGUUCAUGGAAUUCUCAUGUCUUCUCACUAUCAUGUGCUACUAUUGAUACUCUAUAUACUGACCAGAAUGAAUUAGUUCAUGACCAACAAUUUCACUCAUCCAAACUAUGAAUCCAGAUAUGUCAAAGGUUUUUUUUUUUUUUUUGAGCAGUUGGAAAGUAAUUACAAGUUUCUGAAAGUAUAGUGAAGUAUAUAUUUUACUAGUUGGAUUUUGAAUUCACUUCCAUAUAAUCUUAAAACAUUCCGACGAGUUAAAAUGCUCGUAGGAAUCUAAAACAUAAUUAUGGAGUGUCGAGUAAAACCUUGGUGCAUGUUAACAUGGCUUGCCAUAAACCACCACACUACAAAAAUCCACAUGAAACAUUUCCACUGGAGAAACAUGGGUCAACAGAUGGAUCAAAGCCCCGUAUGCAUUAUCAGUCAAAGCUUUAUUAGUGACACGGAGAGAACAAUAACAUGCUGUAAGAAUACUGUGAAUUCAGCUGCUGAGGGGAAGAAAAGGUGCAAACUUGCUGUUAGCUGGAGCCUGCAGUUCCGGAGUGAUCGGGUAAAGUGGACUGCAGAGCUGACGUUUAGCGACCUUUGUGUUGGAAGAGAGGGAGGGAGGCACACAGUCAUGCUCAGCCAAGCAGCCUGGCUCCUUUCUGCCUGCCUGGAAGGCUUUGUUCUGGUCAAGGCUGAAAACUGGCUCAUUGAUUGUUAAUGAGAAGAGGUAUUGGGUGAGCAGGUAGCACACCCUUUUUGAUAAUCUGUGGUUUGACUGUUUGCUGUCAAGCCUCUGUCGCUUCCAGGCAGCCUUACACAAGUAGGAAGUCUAGUGGAUUCCUGAAAGGAAAACUGCUGUCAGGAUUUUCCCGUGUAUGAGCAACAUUGCUUUCUGCUGUUGCCCACUUUGGUCAAUGUUAUUGGCUACUUUUGGUUUUGUUUUUUACAUGUACUGUAAAUAAAAUAUAUACAAGCAAUA